AAAUCAUGGAAUAGUAAAACUUUGUAUUCCAUGGUUGAGAUAAAAUAAUGAUGGUACGGCCGCUCCCUCACAGCAAUUUUGACCUCUAUGGACAUUGAUUUUGACAUUGACAGACGAUAAUCAAAAGUUCAAAUUCAAAUUACUGACAGCUGAAGGGUUGACUGUCAAAGUGUCAAUAAAAAAUAUUGAAUAAAAACAAGCCAACGUGCACGAUAGGCGCAGAAUAUUUUCUAAAUGUACAAAAUAGUUACGCAGACUCAGGCAACUGAUUUACCUAUGUCUUAAAGAAACUCCUCAUACAACAAUGUCAUCGUAUUUUGAUUUCUUUUGUCAGAACAAAGAAAAUGAGAGUAGAGAAAAAAGUACACAAAAUGAAGAUCGAAUCUUAGGCACUUGUUACUCAAUGUGUCCUAAAGAUGAAGUCAAAUUGCGUGAGGCGGAACGCCUAGUUCAUGUAUUAGAAGUAUGGGGGAGUGAGAGAAGGCUUGUGAAGAGCUACAGUAGAUCAGCAGCGGACUCCAAUAUGGCAGUUCCACAUCUGCUGCGGCCGUACUCGGUGCUUACCAACACUGUACAGUAUCUGCUGCUUGAUGUCACAAGAAGAAUGGAUGUGCCUGAACCAGUAUUAUAUGACUUUGUGAAUGAUCGCCUGAGAGCAGUGAGGCAGGACAUCACCAUCCAGCGACUUAUUCCUACUCAAUGUGUUUACCUUCUGGAGCCUAUGAUCAGAUUCUAUGUUUACUAUGGAUAUGUAUUAUCAGGUCAUCCUCUAAAGGACUAUGACCCAGUCCUGAACAAGAAGUACUUAUUAGAAUGUUUGAAAUGGUACCUCUCAUGCUGUGACAGCAUUGCCGAGGAUCAAGGAAAUAUAGAUGAGCUCUCUGGUUUCUUCUCGGGGCUACAACUUAAUAUUAGGGAAAGUAAAAGUAAAUUAGUAAAUGAUCAAGUGUUGUUGGAAAGUUUAUAUAUAUUAUGCAAUCUUGAUGACUUGCAUCCACUGUACAGGUAUCUUAAGAUGACCAAAGAUCUUAAAAGACAAGAAAAACUUCAAUUAUCUUACGAAAUUGCAAUAGCAAAUCUUCAGGGCAACUAUGUGAAAGUGUGUAGGCUGUCAGAAAAGCUGUGCCCUCUAUUAUACUGUGCCUUAUCUACUUACUUACCAAAAUUGCAAAGGCGUGCACUAAAUGUGAUGUGCCAAGCAUAUAACAACAAACGCUUGACAGUACCAAGCAGUGCACUUGUGCGUUGGUUAUGCUUCAGCACAGAAAGAGAUGCAAAAAGUGCAUGCUCACAUUACGGACUUAAAGUGAACGAAGAUGCGAUACUAUUUGAUAGAAGCGAAUUUAAAACAGAUGCACGUUUGCAUAUCCCAGUCAUGCAGAAUAUUACGAAGAAGUUUGGAUUAAGCCUGAUUGAUAUAUUUACAUAUGAAACAAGUAAAUAGCAUAAGUGCAAACUGCACUUUAGUUUGAUUAUUGUAGCCGAUGGUAAAAUAAAACAAUUAAUCUUUAUAAAGGAA